GUAAAAUUUUUACAGUAUAGUUAUUUUGUAUUUUAGGUUUCCUCCAAACUGAGAACCAAAUGCAAAUUAUGGAACAAUUAACUAAACCUUCAUCUCAUAAAGGAGACUAUAUAAGCAGAUGCAGUGAGGGAAAAAUAUUAAGGAAAUAUAAAGAAGGUCAGAAUGGCCAAGAAUGUUACAAGUGUGAAAUUUGUUUUAAGCAGGUUACUACUGUAUUUAGUUUGAAACGACAUAUGCGAUUGCAUACUGGAGAAAAACCUUACAAGUGUGAAAUUUGUUUUAAGCAGUUUAUACAGAAAAGUGCUUUGGGUGAACAUACGAAGGUUCACAAUGGAGAAAAGCCAUACAAGUGCCAAAUUUGUUUUCAGCGGUUUUCGCAGCAAGGUACUUUAAAAAGACAUUUAAGAUCGCACACUGAAGAAAAACCUUACAAGUGUGAAAUUUGUUUUAAGAAUUUUAGCGAAUCAGGUGAUUUAAAAAGACACUUGAGAGUGCACACUGGAGAAAAACCAUACAAGUGUAAAAUUUGUUUAAAGCAAUUUAUUCAAACAAGCGAUUUGAAAAAACAUUUGAGAGUGCACACUGGAGAAAAACCUCACAAGUGUGAAAUUUGUUCCAAGCAGUUUACUCAAGCAGGUUCUUUGAAAAUACAUUUGAGAUUGCACACUGGUGAAAAGUCUUACAAGUGUGAAAUUUGUUUUAAGCAGUUUAGUCAAGCAGGUGAUUUGAAAAAGCAUUUGAGAGUGCACACUGGUGAAAAGCCUUACAAGUGUGAAAUUUGUUUUAAGCAGUUUAAUAGAGCAGAUCAUUUGAAAAAGCAUUUGCGAACGCACACAGUAGAAAAGCCAUAGAAAUGUGAAAUUUGUUUUAAGCAGUGUAAUGUAUUAGCAGAGACUUUAAAAAUACAUUUGAGAACACAUACUGGUGAAAAACCUUACAAGUGUGAAAUUUGUUUUAAAGGUUUUUCUGAUCAAGAAAUUUAUAAUUUGGGGAAAAUCUUCCAUCUUUGUUGUAUUAUAUUGUUUCCUCUUAAAAAAGAAGUGAUAAGAGUGAUUAGGAAAACUCUUACCAGUACCAGUGUAGAUUGUGUAGGGUAGAGUGGGCCACUAUGAGACAGUUAAAGUAUUUAAAUGUAGCGGGGCUUGACAGGUGCUGCACUUUAUGAGCAGUUCUAUGAAUUUCAUCUUUACCCCUAACGUGCCACAGCUUUGACAUAUGAUGUUUGGUGUCAGUUGUCAAUUAGGGAUUCCAAUGAACUGUCAGUGGUGGUCGGUGGAUGGCUAAACCACAGAUUAUAUAUUCUGUGGCUAAACUGACAUGCCCAUAGACAUAGUUAAGGGGGGUGGUCAUGGCGUAUCUAAUGUUUACAUUGAAUAUUGACAAAUUUGUAAAGAAUAUCCUGUUUGGUUUUGUUUUUUUGUUAAUUGUGUAGCGAAAUUUGUGAAAUUGUGAUAGCAAAUUAAAUAUGAAGUGGUUUAAACAUUGGAUACGCCUAUAGGGCUUUUCAUUCACAGUCAUUUGUUUCGAGCUUCUGUCAUGUGUCACAUAAUAUUAAUAUAUCUACGUCAUACGUUAUUGAUAUAUACCAAUGAUACAAACCAAAGACGUAUGGCGUAGAUAUAUUAAUAUUAUGUGACACAUGACAGA